GUGUUCUAUGUGAACCCCUCGUACCAGGUCUCUCUGACCAGCAGCAUCGAGACGGCAGAGGGUCCAAUCAAAGAGACGCUGGAGGCCAUGAUGGACUUGCCUUCCGCCUACUGGCUGGACAAGAGGGACAAGAUCCACGGGACUUCCACGAACAGCAUGGAGGGCAUCCUCGAAGAUGCAGCGAGCAAGCCGGUUCCAGAGCUCGUUGUGUUCAUCGUGUAUGACCUUCCAAAUCGCGACUGCCACGCCAAGGCUUCCAAUGGUGAGCUGUGCUGCAGCUACAAGGACGACGGACGCUGUGAUUACCUGGCAGUUGGGGACGGCAGCUGCAAAGACGGCUUGAAGCAGUACAAGGAGGAGUACAUCGAUCAGAUUGCCUCGGACAACAUGAAGGACUACGUCCAGAUGAUCAGGCGCCUGCGUGUUUCCGAUCACAUUCGCGGCUUUGCUACCAACGUGGCCGGCUACCAGUACGUGGGUGAGGUCUGUGAGGAGUAUGACUGGUGUCUCAACAACGCUCAUCCGGACGACUCCUGCUGCCAGGACCCUUGUGGAUUGACCAGCGAGUGGAAUCCGUCGCACAACGAGCUGCAGUAUGCCUUGCAUCUCCGGAAGGCCAUGUCGGAGGGCAUCCGUGGUUUCGAGCCCCACAUGAUCAUUGACACAGGUCGCAAUGGUGUUGCGGGCAUGCGCACCGAUUGCGCAAAUUGGUGUAACAUCAGGGGUGCCGGUGUUGGCCUUGCAGCCACGACCAACACCGCCAAGCCAUCGGUUGUUGAUGCCUACUUCUGGCUGAAGACACCCGGUGAAUCGGAUGGCUGCUCUCA